AUGGUUCUUGAAGUGGACUUUCCAGCACCUCUGUCGGCGCAUCCUUUCGAGGGCAAGGUAAUCACCAUCACCGGAGCAAGCUCCGGCAUUGGAUUAGCGACUACUCUUCUUCUAUGGUCCCGUGGUGCCACCGUCUCUGCGAUGAGCAACAACCCAGACGGGAUGGCGGAGUUAGAGGCGGCACUUCGAGAAAAGUCCAAGACGUCAUCUCUACCCGGACAGAAAUUCUUCACCAAGGUCGUGGACGUCAGCAGGGAAGACCAGGUCAAAGGUUGGAUUGACGAGACAAUUGCCAAGUUUGGCCGCCUGGACGGUGCGGCCAAUAUCGCUGGGGCGGUCCACAGAUACAACAAACUGGCCGACACAGUCACAGAAGACUUCGACUUCGCGAUUAAUAUGAACACAAGAGGCGUGUACAACUGUAUGCGAGCCCAGAUUCCUCUCAUGAAGAGCGGCUCGGCCAUUCUCAACAUGAGCUCAAUAUCAGCCACCCAAACGGAACCAGGCAUCAGCUUGUACGGCUCUUCCAAAGCGGCCAUUAGCACGAUGAGCCUCGCCGCUGCGACCGAGUACGGAUCGACAGGCAUCAGAGUGAAUGCGAUUGCAACGGGGUUGACACUCUCUCGGCGUCUGAUGAACGUCGCCAAGGAAUAUGUGGAGCCGGGAAUUCAAGCCACGGCUCUGAAGAGGGGGGCUACGCCCAUGGAACAGGCCCAGGUCAUUGCAUUUCUGUUGAGCGAUGAGGCCAGCAAUGUCACCGGGACUGUCGUGAGAUGUGACGGAGGGGCCCUUGCACUGCCAUACUAG